GAUCGGUGUGCAAAUAGCGACGUCCCAUUACUCUACCGUCACAGUUGAAGUACUACAUACUUUACUGUUGAUCACAAUACUGUGAGUCACUGUUUCGCCAUCUUUAGACUUUACAGACACAGGGAUUUAGAGAUAGAUAAAUAUGACAACUACCACCAAAGCAACAGCGCUUAUACUUCUGCUAGUGGGUGUGGUCAGCGGUGAUCUGUACAUGCACAAUCCAAGAGGAUCCAACAACCGUUUAAAUGAGAAGUCUGCCAACAGGGCUAAUGCCAACAGGCUGUUUGACUCACAGAACAAUGACAGGGGUGGUUACAAUGUUGGGGACAAGACAUCAGAACCAGCCGGAGACAACGCUGAAAACCAGUACAACAUGAACUAUUUUCAGAGUGGUCCAUUUGUCUUCACUGCGUCAGGGACAGGUGGCAGUCAGUUGACCCUGGAAUGGACCAAUCAGCAUGGAUGUGGUGGAAACGAGGACUCCGACCCACAGAAACAAAACUGUAACCUUGUCAUACAGUACAUGUGUGAAGACACCUUUGACAGCUCCUUAAAGACGCAGCUCAGAGAUGGUGUGAACACACAGCAGAUGGCGUACACACCACCCCCAAAUACAGAGACGGAGGAGAAGGCGAAAUCACGGAAGGACGAGAAUCUUGACCCAAAGAAGGGACUUCAAGAGAGCUGGGAGAGUUAUGAUAACUGUUACAUAAGGGAGAGAAAUGCGGGGCUUUUUACAGCAGAUCAAAAGCUAAAGAAAAACAACAAAGGCUACAGCAGUGCCAUACAUACUAGACAAAACCCAAACGGUAAUCGCCGUGGAUAUGAAUGCCCAGAAGAGAGGGACUAUUUUCCAUACUGGCAUCCUUCACAGUGGAAGGAUAUUGCCGUCCUUGCAGAAAAUAGUUCCAUUUGCAGCCACUACAAAUCGAAAAGCUUCAACACACGCUCAUAUCACCAGUGUGUCGAGACAUGGCCCAGCGGUAAUAGGAAGUCUUCUUCGCGGUGGAACAAUGAGGCUGAGUGCACACAGAACAGUGGCAAGUGGGUGGAGCUGUCAAAUUAUCUGGAAAAGGCACCAGCAUUCACAUCAGAAGCGUUUUGCUUGAGUGCUAGUUCUAGUAGUACUCGUUACAUGUGGUCAGUGCCGUAUGAUGCAGACAAUGUGGACAAGCCAGAAUGCCUGGUGGCCUUGCCAGAACUGGAGUGUUCAGCAGCACCCUGGUCCAGGUCGAACCAUCUAGGAAAUGGCCGCGGGGAUGGUCAACCAUUAACAUAUACAUGGACUCUUCCAUAUUUCCCAUCCGGACAUGAACACAAGUGUGUGCUGAGAAUGAGGUACAACAUAAGUACAGAUGACUAUGACCCAUACAACACGGACUUGAAACACAACAAUGAUAAUGGAGUAAUCUCACCAGUCCAGGAUAACAUCGAACUAGAUAUAGGAGGACCGGUCAAACUACAGAUGGCCCUGAACACUGACCAGACUGGCAGAGUAUUCCAGGACAGAAGCCAUGUGUUUCACCUUAUGCCACGACCCAGUGGAUGGGAGAAUGAAAAAAUUGUGAAUCUAAAUGUUAGAGGAAAGCGCGGGAAUAUUGUACAGGUGUACCCAGCAGUAGAAUAUGAUUUCACACCCAACCAUCUACAUAUUACAGCCAGUGAUUUGGUGCAUAUACAGUGGACAGGGUCCAACACUCACCUGAAUGGUAACCCAGCAGGGGAUGGCCAAGCAGGGAAUGAUGGGGAGGGGAAAGCAGGUACUGACAGACUCAACAUGGUUCAGAUAGGGGACUUGAAAGACAAUUUCCCCCUCCCAUACGAACAGACAACCAUGUGGAAAAAUGCCGACAUUGUUUGGAUUCACCAUAAGAAAACUGACAUCUCCUCAAAAGAUUUGGCUUUAGAAAUGUCAGCUUCAGGAUAUUAUAGGUGCUUCAAAAAGUCUUCAUGCCCAGAGUCAGAACACAAGGACUAUAUCGUGGAAACAAAGACCCAACUCCAGAAGACGCUAGACAAUGCCCCGGCCUCAUACCCUGGGGCCGUACUGAGGUUCCGCUCUGGGACAUACCAUUACAUGUGUACCCGGAAUAAUAACUUUACCAACAGGUCAAACAAAGGGACAAUACAUGUCAUGUAGUAGGCUUGGAGAUGGUGAUUGGAGCUAUGUAUUAUAUAAGAAAAAGGGCAUUGAAACUAUCAGUUAAACAUUCUCAUUGUUGAUUUCUAUGCAAUUUGAAAAUAAUUGCUCAUGUGUAACUAUGUAAUGUACCAACAUGAAGGACCAAAUAUUCCUGUUAUUAGGAGUAUUCCAACUAAACAAAACAAUUCAUAUAUUCUGAAACUGAGAUGUUCCUACGAUUUCUGUACUUUAACCACAUAAUAUUUUUUGUGCAAUACUCCAAUAAUUGUAUGUGCCAUGUUGUUAAAGAUAUUACAAAGAAUAUUCUUUGUAUGCUUUAUUCUAUUCUAUGAGAUUCCUAACUUUUCUUAAGUUUUGCAUAUAGAUAUUGCUUUUGUGAUAACUUUGUUCGUUAAGAUACCUAAUAUACAAAAUAUGCUUGGCAUUCUUUUAAGUCAUUGAUAAUAAUGCUAAACUUAUAUGCCUUUGAAAGGUUUAUGCUUGCCAAUAGCUAAUAUGUUCAAUGAAUUACCAAAAUCAAAUGACCAACAUACUUUGCAGUUAAAAAAUUUUUUUUUAGUUUUUUGUUCUUUAAUUUGACUAAAAUCGAAUGAAAAAAAGCCGAUUUUGCAAACUUUGAAUGCCAAAAAAGAUUGUAUGUAAAAAAAAUCCAAAUGAUUUUUUGAUAUUCUUUCUUUACACAUCAAAUGGUGCCAAGUUAAUAUGAUGUUGCCAUGUAUCCAAACCUCACGUUUUUGUAAAAAGGAUACCUUAAACUGACAUAUAUAUAGUACUCAAAAUGUGCAUAAUUGAAAUUUAAUAUUAUUGAGAACAAUAACAAAACUGUACAUAUCAUUACAAAUCAAAAUCAUAAUUUGAUAAUUUUCACCCACCAUCAUAUGACUAUGUUGUUUUUCUUCCUCUUGAUUUUUUUAUUGCAGACAUGGUGUGCUUAAAAUUGUCAUUACCAACUUGUUAGUAAUAGUAACAUUCGUUACUCUGAUUUGCAAGUUUUUUUAUGAGUAAUAAGUAUUUUUCUGCUGCAUGUUGUUAUUUAUGCAUGUUGUUUUGCCAUAAUGGAGCCAAUGCCUUUUUGCCACAUUGUUGGCAGGUAUACAAGUAUGUGUGUUAUUAAACUGAAAUCACUUUAAACUGGCAUCAGUUUAUGCAUUCUGAAUGCAAUUCAUAGCCAGCCGCUGUUGCAUUUUUUAUUUUUUUUGACUUUCAUGUUGAAUGACAUUUCUCCACAAAAUUACAGAUAAGCAACUUUUCAAGAGAGAUUGAGUUUAUUAGCUUAACUGUAUGUGUUGUUGUUGGCCGCGGCAGCGUUAAAUAGCUUUAAACUCGGCAAUAACUUGAAAACUGGCAAAUGAAACUUGGUGCACAUGUUACCAGCGAUGAUAGGCCCAUGUUAACCAAGGACUAUAACUCUGACUUAAAUAAUUGCUGAGUUACGCCACUUCAUUGCCUGAAAUUAUACAAGCAUUUUCACUCCUUUGCGCUCUUGUUUAUUAUAAGUUAAUUUCAUUUUACUUGUUUAAAGAUAUCCCUUACAAUAUUUUGUUUUCUUUACAAAGAUAUAUAUCAAAGUGUAUUUUAACCUUCUUGUAUUAUAUACUCUAGUCAUAAAAUUAAUUUAUUAUUCCAAAAAACAUAUGAAGAAAUCAAUGUAUUACCUUAUACCAUUUGCAAUUCACUUUAAAUUAUGUUCCUGCUUUACAACUUGUUUGCUUUUAAAUAUGUUUUUUUAUUGCUAUUUUUACAAAUAAUUUGCAUGGUGAAUGUUAAGUUGAAUGAAAGUUUUGAUGUUGUUAAUACAAACAGGAUGUUUUUUCUUUUUGUCAAGUAGAAAUUCAAUUAAAGACAUACUUUAUAUACUGUAUAUGAACUGGAGAUACAACUAACCCUGAAUAUCAUUUAGAGCUACUCAAUUUGAGAGUUUUUAAAUUUUGGUGAAACUGAAUAUUUCUUUUAUCUCAUAUCUUUGCAAAUUCAUAUAAUAGUUUGUCAUUUGUAAUCUUAAGAGUUGAUUGCUCAUAUCAGUUGUAUCAUUUGUGAUACGAUGGUGUUUUUUAUCUUGACAUUUAUGCUGAAAUGUUUUAUCAAGUGGUAUACAAAAUGUUAUUUUAUGCAACCAUUGUCAUUUUUGUUAGAACCUUUUCAUUUUUUAAUACUUCUCACUUAUCUUAACAGUAUAAAUUUUAUCCAUCAAACUUUAUCAAGCAUUAGUGAUAUUAAUGAUGUACAGUCAAACUCUGUUGACUUGAGCUCCCAAGGUCCAGUAAAAAUACCUUGAGUCUUGGAAAAAUCCAGCCAAGUGGGAAUGCUUACAUUCAGUGUAAGAAUUCGGUCCAUAACAUCCAGUUGGAGCCAAUAAGGAAUUUGAGCCAAGGGAGUUCCAGCCACCGGGGUUCGACUGUACGUACAUGUCACCAGUGCAUGUCACCAGUACAUGUCACCAGUACAUGUCACCAUUACAUGUCACCAGUACAUGUCACCAGUACAUGUCACCAGUGCAUGUCACCAGUACAUGUCACCAGUACAUGUCACCAUUACAUGUCACCAGUACAUGUCACCAGUACAUGUCACCAGUGCAUGUCACCAGUACAUGUCACCAGUACAUGUCACCAGCAUUCCGUACAUGUCACCAGUACAUGUCACCAGCAUUCCGUACAUGUCACCAGUACAUGUCACCAGUACAUGUCACCAGCACAUGUCACCAGUACAUGUCACCAGUGCAUGUCACCAGUACAUGUCACCAGUACAUGUCACCAGUACAUGUCACCAGUGCAUGUCACCAGUACAUGUCACCAGCAUUCCGUACAUGUCACCAGUACAUGCCACCAGUACAUGUCACCAGCACAUGUCACCAGUACAUGUCACCAGUGCAUGUCACCAGUACAUGUCACCAGUACAUGUCACCAGUACAUGUCACCAGUGCAUGUCACCAGUACAUGUCACCAGCACAUGUCACCAGUACAUGUCACCAGUGCAUGUCACCAGCAUUCCGUACAUGUCACCAGUACAUGUCACCAGCAUUCCGUACAUGUCACCAGUACAUGUCACCAGCAUUCCGUUUGUUGAUUCAUCUUCGUUCUAUUUAAUUAAACAAUGUAUUCACUUCUGCUGGCUCAGAAAUAUGUAACCAUUCUUGAGUUUUACAAUAAAUGUGUUAUUGUA